AUGUACCCAGCUUUGCUCAAGCAUCAGCUGACGAGGCCUUCCGCCUUCCAUAUCACCCGGCUGGCCCGGACUUCGGUUCACGGCAAGGCUCAAUCUGGUAUGAAGAGGGACGACGAAUUUUACCUCAACACAACCUUUCCCGAUGACUACGAAGGGUCGCCCUUGAGGCCCGAAGACAUUCAGAAAAUGGAAGCGUUGAAGGAGCAGACCGCUGCAGAGAAGCAGGCUACCAUGGCGGCGCACAAAGCCGACAUUUACGAAAGUCUCUUCCCUCCAAAUCCAGACAAGGCCUCGAAGACGAAGAAGUCCAUUAAUACUCCCAAAAAUUUCGAGCAGGAGCCCGGUUUGGAUGAGAUGUGA